UGUACAUAUACUCCUGUGCUUACGCUUUUGUAAUAGAUAAUUAGAUAUCAUAUAUCCGGUCGUGGUGGGAGAAAAUUGUCUGAAAGCACAAAGAAGAAAGAUGGCAAUAAUCCCAGGCGAGGCCAUAGCAGCAGAGGUAGAAAUGGGUGCAGAUUCAUCUACUGUGAGAGCCACUGUGGUUCAAGCCUCCACCAUUUUUUAUGACACCCCUGCUACUCUUGAUAAGGCUGAAAGAUUGCUUGCUGAAGCAGCUUCAUACGGUUCUCAACUUGUUGUGUUUCCAGAAGCUUUUGUGGGUGGUUAUCCACGUGGAUCAACUUUUGGAGUUACGAUUGGUAAUCGUACAGAAAAGGGUAAAGAGGAAUUUAGGAAGUAUUAUGCUUCAGCCAUUGAUGUGCCUGGUCCAGAAGUUGAUCGAUUGGCAGCCAUGGCUGGAAAGUACAAGGUACAUUUAGUGAUAGGUGUUAUAGAGAGGGAUGGAUAUACACUUUAUUGUACUGUCCUUUUCUUCAAUUCACAAGGUCAGUACCUUGGAAAGCACCGAAAACUCAUGCCCACAGCAUUAGAGCGCAUCAUUUGGGGAUUUGGAGAUGGAUCCACAAUUCCAGUUUUUGAGACUCCAAUUGGGAAGAUUGGUGCAGCCAUCUGCUGGGAGAAUAGGAUGCCUCUUCUAAGGACUGCAAUGUAUGCUAAAGGAAUUGAAAUCUAUUGCGCACCAACUGCUGAUGCAAGGCCUGUAUGGCAGGCAUCAAUGACACAUAUAGCUCUUGAGGGUGGCUGCUUUGUUUUAUCUUCCAACCAGUUUUGUCGAAGGAAAGACUACCCACCGCCUCCAGAAUACGUAUUUACUGGCACAGAGGAUGAUCUUGCACCAGAAUCUGUUGUUUGUGCAGGUGGAAGUGUCAUUAUAUCGCCAUCUGGUACUAUUCUAGCAGGACCCAACUAUGAAGGGGAGGCACUUCUAACAGCUGAUCUUGAUCUCGGAGAUAUAGCGAAUGAGAAAUUCGCCUUCGACGUAGUUGGGCAUUACUCAAGGCCAGAAGUGCUGAGUCUUAAUGUGAGAGACCACCCUACAAGACCGGUUACCUUCACAUCAGCAAAAACUGAAGAUUCGAAGUAGCAUGUAACUGAUAAAAUUCCCUAAAUAAUAUUUGCAAAAUGUUGGUGGUUAGUACACACUUGUACAUCAUUGGGUACUAAUCUCUGAGCAAUCUAAAUUCCUGAAGUCCAAUCAAAUUAUGUACUAUGUUAUGUUUUGGUUCAUCUCAAGGGAUAUCAUUUCAAUC